AGGCCUCCCCCUGCUCAGGCCCUCCUGCCCGCCCUCUCUCCCUCCCUUCUUCCCUCGCAGCCGAGGAGGCAGCAAUUACGCUUUGGGGAUAAAACGAGGCGCGGAGAGCAGGCUGGGCAUUUCUCCCUGAGAUGGCGGGUCCGACAGCUACAGCCCUGUGGCCUGGAGUCCUCCUGCUCCUGCUGUCCAUCAUCCACCCCUCGCAGCCUGGAGGGGUCCCAGGAGCUAUUCCUGGAGGACUUCCCGGAGGAAUUCCCGGAGGACUUCCCGGAGGAGGCUUUUUCCCAGGGACUGGUGUCGGAGGCCUGGGAGUAGGAGGGCUGGGACCUGGAGGCAAACCGCCCAAGCCAGGGGCUGGACUCCUUGGGGGAUUUGGACCAGGUGCUGGAGGGCUCCCAGGAGGUGGCCCUGGGGCAGGGCUCGGCGCCUUUGGGGGCAUCUUCCCGGGGAUUCUACCGCCUGGGGCUAGCGCUUCUGCAGCCUAUAAAGCUGCAGCCAAAGCUGGUGCUGGGGUUGGCGGUGCUGGUGGUGUUGGCGGGCUUGGUGUCGGUGGACUUGGUGGUGUCGGUGGACUCGGUGGCUUAGGAGUGUCUACAGGUGCAGUGGUGCCGUCCGGAGUGGGGGUCGGAGCUGGAGUGAAGCCUGGGAAAGUGCCGGGUGUGGGCCUACCAGGUGUAUACCCAGGAGGAGUGCUCCCAGGCACAGGAGCUCGGUUCCCAGGUGUGGGGGUGCUCCCUGGGGUUCCCACUGGAACAGGAGUCAAGCCCAAGGCCCCAGGUGGAGGGGGAGCUUUUGCUGGAAUCCCAGGAGUUGGACCCUUUGGGGGUCAGCAGCCUGGAGUCCCACUGGGGUACCCGAUCAAGGCACCCAAGCUGCCAGGUGGCUACGGACUGCCCUACAGCACAGGGAAACUGCCCUAUGGAUAUGGGCCUGGAGGAGCGGCUGGCGCCGGGGCCAAGGCUGGGUACCCAACGGGGACAGGGGUUGGUCCCCAGGCUGCAGCAGCAGCAGCUAAAGCAGCAAAGUAUGGUGCUGGAGGAGCCGGAGUUCUCCCUGGUGUUGGUGUUGGAGGUGCCGGCAUUCCUGGUGGGGCUGGUGCAAUUCCUGGGAUUGGAGGCGUUGCAGGGGUCGGUGCUGCUGGAAAGGCGGCUGCAAAGGCAGCUAAAUAUGGAGCUGCUGGAGGCUUGGUACCUGGUGGCCCAGGAGUUGGAGUUCCUGGUGUUGGAGUCCCUGGUGUUGGGGUCCCAGGUGUUGGAAUCCCAGGUGUUGGAGGAGUCCCAGGUGUUGGGAUCCCAGGUGUUGGGGUCCCAGGUGUUGGAAUCCCAGGUGUUGGAGGAGUCCCAGGCGUUGGGAUCCCAGGUGUUGGAGUCCCAGGGGCUGUGUCACCAGCUGCAGCUGCUAAAGCAGCCGCCAAAGCAGCCAAAUAUGGGGGCAGAGCCGGAGUGGGAGUUGGAGGUGGGGUUGGCUUUCCGGGCUACGGCGGUCUUGGAGCUGGAGUCGGUGGUCUUGGAGCUGGAGUCGGAGGUGUCCCUGGAGCUGGCAUUUCCCCUGCAGCCCAGGCAGCCGCCGCCGCCAAGGCAGCUAAGUAUGGUAAGUGCCCUGGCCCUGCCUGCCCCCAUGCCCAGGGCAGUGUCCUUCCCUCCUGGGCAGCACCGUCCCCUCCUCUCAGAGCCUGGACUCCAGCCCUGCUCUGCCCUGGAGCCCAGGGUCUGAGCUCAGAGCAGUUCUCCAGCAUGAGGACAGAGCAAGCUCGCGCUCAGGAGCUGGAACCCCAGCAGCUGCAGCCGCCAAAGCAGCCGCCAAAGCUGCUCAAUAUGGCCCUGGCGCUGGCGUUGGCGGGGUUCCCGGCCUUGGCGUUUUCCCCGGUGCUGGCGGGGUUCCUGGUCUUGGCAUUGGCCCCGGCGGCGUUACAGGAGCAGGGACCCCGGGUGCCGCCAAAUCUGCUGCUCAGUUGGCCGCCAAAGCCCAGCUCCGGGCUGCCGCUGGCCUUCCUGCUGGCGUUCCCGGAUUUGGAGCUGGUGCUGGCGUUCCUGGAUUCGGAGCUGGUGCUGGUGUUCCCGGAUUUGGGGCUGGUGCUGGUGUUCCUGGCUUUGGGGCAGGUGCGGGUGCAGUACCUGGAUCCUUGGCUGCUGCUAAAGCAGCCAAAUAUGGAGCAGGAGGGCCUGGGGGCCUUGGCGGGGUUGGAGGUCUUGGUGGUCUUGGUGGAGCAGGUGUCCCAGGUGGUGUGGCAGGAGCCGGACCUGCUGCCUUGGCUGCUGCCGCCAAGGCUGCUGCCAAAGCUGGCCAAUAUGGCCUCGGGGCUGGAGGGCUCGGAGCUGGUGGGCUCGGAGCUGGCGGGCUCGGAGCUGGAGGACUGGGACUUGGAGGUGUCCCAGGGGCUGGGGGCUUUGGAGGUGUGUCCCCAGCUGCAGCUGCUAAAGCAGCCAAAUAUGGUGCCGCUGGCCUUGGAGGCGUCCUAGGAGCUGCCAGGCCAUUCCCAGGUGGAGGUGGCGGAGCCGGAGUCGGGGCUGGGGGCCUGGGAGUUGGUG